CAUCACUGCUCAUAAUUUGGAAACAAUAAAAACCCUAGUCCUCUGUAGUCUGUCCCCCAAUCCCGAAAUUAUCAACCCCCGCUCCUCCUUUGUUGCCCUCUUUCCGUCUCUCGUCAAGUCGCCAUCUCACAGCCGCCCGCUCUCCGUUGGCACCGUCUCGCUUACGUUCGACGCUGGCUUUCCCACUCUAUACCUUUUGUGCCCCUCCGUCGCCAAGUUGUAAUCAGGGAUCUCCUUGUAUAUAAAGAAGUCCUGUUGCCUGUCAGAGCCCGCUAUAAUAUAAGGAGCAAAUAAAUCUAUAACGAAUGGCGGAACAAGGAGACUUGGAAGGGAGCCAACCCAUAGAUCUCAAGAAGCAUCCUUCUGGGAUCAUCCCUACCCUUCAGAACAUUGUGUCAACAGUCAAUUUGGACUGCAAGUUGGAACUUAAGUUGAUUGCAUUACAAGCUCGUAAUGCUGAAUACAAUCCUAAGCGGUUUGCUGCUGUAAUUAUGAGGAUAAGGGAACCAAAAACCACAGCUUUAAUUUUUGCUUCUGGAAAGAUGGUUUGUACUGGAGCUAAGAGUGAACAACAGUCAAAGUUGGCAGCACGGAAGUAUGCUCGAAUUAUUCAGAAGCUUGGUUUUCCAGCUAAGUUCAAGGAUUUCAAGAUUCAGAACAUAGUUGGUUCUUGUGAUGUUAAAUUCCCAAUAAGGCUUGAAGGACUUGCUUAUUCCCAUGGUGCCUUCUCAAGUUAUGAACCAGAGCUAUUCCCAGGUUUGAUCUAUCGGAUGAAACAACCAAAGAUUGUGCUGCUGAUCUUCGUGUCGGGAAAAAUUGUUUUAACAGGAGCUAAGGUGAGAGAAGAGACAUAUAUGGCUUUUGAGAAUAUUUACCCAGUUCUUACAGAGUUCAGGAAAAACCAGCAAUGAUUUUGUAGGAGAAAUCAGAUUGUGUUGCAGAGAAGUUUCUAAGGUGGAAUACCCCUAUCAAUUGAGCCGCUACUGAGCCCGGAAUGAAUUGUAAAUAUUGUUCUCAGGCGGUUAAGUUAAAAGAUAUGUGCAGUAUAAUUUUUUUGAUUCAGAUGUUGUGCUGGGAGAACCCUGUAUUUGCAAUGUUAACGUGAAAAUUCAAAUGAGGGGGAAUAAUGCUUCCGUUAAAUGUGGAACACUACCUACAAUGUAAAGUGAUUGUUUUGGCCGUUGUUAUUUUGCUAAUAAAUGCCAGCAGUUUUGGUUCUUGAAA